UAACAAGUUACUAGGCGAACUCUAUAAACAAAAACAAAACAGAGAAGGAGUUGGGGAAUCGUGAGGAGUUUGGUUGAGUUGAGUUGAGGUUUCGGCAUCGGUUUCCAUGGAAUCUUUGUCAUCUUCGGCAUCGCUGUCUGUCUGGGACUCGAUCAUCGUCCUCCUUGUACGACCCGUGCUAGCCAUAGCCUUCGUUGUCUCCAUAAUCGCACUCGGGUGGUUUGUGGCAUGGAAACUAGUGCUGGUUCAUGUCCCACUGGUGCAAGAAAUCUUCGGCCUUAAGAAGAAAACUGUUAGAUCCAAGCCUCCAACUGGUCGCCUCUCCAAAAUUUACAGCUCCCUUAAUAAUCCCCAAAAUUCAACUUCCACUUCCACAUAGAUUUUUUAAAUGUAAAGAAAUAUCUUGGAGAGUGCAAACAUUGGAUCUUGGACAAUAGAACCGGCAGUAAUUCGCUGAUGGAAAGAAAUGAAGAUUGUAUAGAAUGUGGUUAACUUACAUAAACCAAACCCUGAUUGUUCUUACAUUGUAUAGUGCUUUGUGGAACCUGUUUGACAAAAAUUCAAACUUGAUGCUUGGUUAUGAUUCAUUAGAGCUAAUAGUAGAGCUCGUGGUCA